GUCCGGGUGCGUCUGAGGGUUCUGCUUUGACGCGGUGGAUUUUGUCAUGAAGGGAUUCGAACCUGCGCGUCGGACCGGGAGAUAACCCCCUGAUGGGACCAGCCCGCCGCCUCUGAGCUCCUCGUCGCGCCGCUCCAGUGAACCCCGAUAACCCAGACUCUCCGGUAACCAUGGCGAACCCCCAGCCCGACGGCGGCCGCGCGGGAGAGGAGACGGCCGGGAAGGUGGAGGACGCCGACUCCUGGGAGGUGUCCCCCAGCGGGCCGACCAAGGGGGGAGCCCCGCCCACCCUGGUGGAGACCCCUCCCUCCCCCGCCGCCUCGGCCAGCCAGGGGGGCGUAGCCCUCAAGGUGGGGGGCCCCGGCGUGCUGCAGCCCUACUGCCUGGGCGAGGGGCCCCUCAUGCUGCCCAUCCACCUGCAGAUGGCCGGGGGGGCCGGCGCCCCGCUGGGCCCGAUGGGGGCGUCGCCCUGCUUCCUGACGGGCGGGGGGGCGCUCUCGCUGCCCCUGGUCCUGGACCAGCAGCUGCUCCAGCACCUGGGCUCCGGUCUGCUGCCCCAGGGCCUCCUGCCCCAGGGCCUCCCGCUGCAGAGCAACAUGCUGAUCCAGAACGCCUCGCUCUCCUUCGGCCCGCCGCCGCCGCCGCCACUCGACCAGAAGCCCUCGGGGGGGGGCCACUUCCAGGACGCCAACGUGCUCGCCCUGCUCCAGAACCCGGCCUUCGCCGCCCUCCUGCAGGACCUCUUCUCGUCCCAGACCGGCUCCUCCUCGUUCCAGGGGGGCCCCGGCACGGCGCCGCCGGACUCCUUCGCCAACGCCACCUUCUUCGCUCCUCCUCCUCCGGGGUCGCACCCCUACAGCUCGCCGCUGGCCCCUCUGGUGCCCCCCGCCACGCUGCUGGUCCCGUACCCGGUGGUCAUCCCCCUGCCGGUGCCCCUGCCCAUCCCGCUGCCCAUCCCCGUCCCCGUGCCCCCGGCCGAGGACUCCAAGGGCAGCGUGCCCCGAGCCGUCUGCACCGUGAGCCGGGGCACGCAGACCGCCGCCGCCGCCGCCCCCCCCUCGCCGUCGCUCCCCGCCGCCGCCGCCGGACCGCCGCCUCUCGCCCCGUCCUCGCCGCCCCCUGCCGACGGGGAGGCCCUUGACCUGUCGGUGCGGACCUGCCCCCUGCAGCCCAAGCUGGAGCCCCCCUGUCUGCAGGACGACGUGCUGGACCUGUCGGUGCCCAGGGCGGCGGUCGCGCUGUCGUGCGUCGCCCACAGGGCGACGCACGACAGCGCGACCGCCGCCCUGGCGCUGGGCGUCCUGCGGCCGGUGGAGUGCUCCGGGGGCGUGGGCUCCACGCUGCUGCGCGGCCUGACGGCGUCGCUCGAGUUCAGCCGCAAACACAAGUGGCUGGUGGAGGGCGGGGCGGGGGGGGCGGGCGCCACGGGCAAGCUGGAGCUGGUCGGCACCUCGCAGACCGCCAAGGUCAUCGUGUCGGUGAAGGACGCCAUCCCCGCCAUCCUCUGCGGGAAGCUGAAGGGUCUGUCGGGGGUGUCCACCAAGAACUUCUCCAUCAAGCGGGACGGCGCCCAGGCGGCGGGGGGCGGGGCCGCCCUGCAGCAGCUGUGCGGGGGGGCGGCGGCCCGCGGCCAGGGGGAGCCGCCCGACUCGGGGAACCCCCACCGGAAGCUGGCCAAGAGCAGGGCCGUCAAGCUGAAGAAGGUCAGCGCCCAGGAGAUCCACCUCGUCCCCAUCAAGAAGCAGCGCCUCGCCGCGUACCUCCCCAGGAAGUGA